CUCCAGCAUUGCUGACCAAGUGGCCAGACUGGCCUGUCCCAGAGCCAUGGCAAAGAAAGGACUUGUCAUUUGUAUCCUGGUGGCCAGCUUACUCCUGGACCAGACCAACAGCUACCCAUCCCGAGUGAAAGCCAGGAAGCACAGCAAACGCCGAGUGAAAGAAAAGGAUGGUGACCUGAAGUCUCAAGUUGAAAAGCUGUGGCGGGAAGUCAAUGCCUUGAAGGAAAUGCAAGCCCUGCAAACAGUUUGUCUUCGAGGCACCAAAGUUCAUAAGAAAUGCUACCUUGCUUCAGAAGGCCUCAAACAUUACCAUGAAGCCAACGAAGACUGCAUUUCCAAGGGAGGGACCCUGGUUGUCCCCAGGAAUUCCGAUGAAAUCAGUGCCCUUCGAGACUAUGGUAAGAGGAGUCUGCCAGGUGUCAAUGACUUUUGGCUAGGCAUAAAUGACAUGGUCACAGAAGGCAAGUUCCUUGAUGUCCACGGAUUCGCCGUCUCCUUCCUCAACUGGGACCGUGCCCAGCCAAGUGGUGGCAAGCGGGAAAACUGCGUCCUGUUCUCCCAGUCAGCUCAGGGGAAAUGGAGCGACGAGGCCUGUCGCAGUAGCAAGCGGUACAUAUGUGAGUUUAUCAUCCCUUAAGGAGUCCCUUCUCGGUAUCCUUCC